CUACCCGUUCUCCCGCGCCUUUCUAAACCCUCCUUUUUUUUUUCUUUCUUUCCCCUCUUUUAUCUCUUCAGCCCUCUCUCUCGCUUGCGAAUCCCUUCUCUCCGCCGCCGCUAUGGAACGCUUCCACCAUCCCCACCCCUCCGCCGCGUCCCCCGGUGGCGCCACCACCGCCUCGUCGUUCUCGAAUUCCGAGCUCAAGCGGGGCAAGAAGCGUGGGAGUUACAACUGUGGCCGGUGCGGUCUUCCAAAGAAGGGCCAUGUCUGCAAUCUCACUCCCGCGGCCGCCACUUCUACUCCCACCGAUUCCUCUAAUUCCGCUCGCGGAUCCACCAUUGAGCCGCCCUCUUCUCUCUCCGCCGCCCGAUCUCUGCCUCCUCCACGUCAGCCCUACUCCCAGCUCCGCCGCGCGCUCUCCUUCGAUGAGGCCGACGAUCUUCGCAGCGGCUUCCACUCCGAGGCUGAGGACGUUGAGGAGUCUGGAUUGGUGUUGGAUUAUCCCGACAUUGAUCCUGACUCCUCUGGAUGUUUGCCUGCGAGUUGUCUGUGGGAGGUGCUGCGGAGGCUGCCGCCGGCUGGGAUUUUGUCGGCGGCUAGGGUUUGCAAGGGGUGGAGAGAGACUACCAGGAAGCUUUGGAGGGCGGCGGAAGUGUUGACUCUCAGGGUUCCUUCUAGGGCUCAGGUUGGAUUUGUUGGUUCGUUGCUGCAGAAGUGUCCUGGACUUGUGACCCUCUCGCUUAGAUUGGAAAGUGACUUGGAUUCGAUGAUGUUGGCCUGCAUUGCCUUCUCAUGUCCUAAUCUUGAAGCUCUGGAGAUCACUAAGUCCCAAUCAUCAGUAAAUCGUAUCACAGGUGAUGAACUUGGUCGUUUUGUUGCUGAUAAACGUUGUCUUAAGAGCCUCAAGAUGGAAGGUUGUUCUAGUUUAGGGAGUUUUUACCUCUGUUCAUCAAGUCUUGGCACGCUAUGGCUUUCUAAUCUUUGCUCCCUUUCUAGGAUGGCUUUCAAUUGCCCCAAUUUGAAGGAGAUUUCAUUGGAGUUUUCUCGUCAAGAAAAUGAUAGCACCGAUCUUGUUGCCAUGGUUGACAGCAUGGGAAGAGGCUGCCCUAGAUUACAAAACAUACACAUCUCAUCUUUCUGCCUCUCUCAUGCUGUUGUACUGGCACUCACAGCUGCACAAUUGAGUGGCUUGCGGAUGCUUUCACUUGUUCUUGGAGCUGACAUCACUGAUGCAUCUGUUGCUGCUAUUGCUUCAAGCUAUCCAAACUUGGAGUUGCUUGAUCUUAGUGGGUCUAGCAUCAGUGACAGUGGCAUUGGAAUGAUCUGUAAUGUAUUCCCAGAUUCAUUGUCUAGACUUCUCCUUGCCCUCUGUCCUAAUAUCUCUUCAAGUGGCAUACAAUUUGCAACGGCUGAAUUGCCACUUCUUGAACUCAUGGAUUGUGGGAUGACUAUUUGUGAUCCUAAUUCUCAGGAUUCUACGUCUGAAAGUGGUGAUCAUGAAAUAUCAAAACCGCCCAACUCUAAGUUUCAUCUCAUUUACCAGAAGCUGAUUAUCAAACACAACCACCUGAAAAAGCUCAGUUUAUGGGGUUGUUCCGGUUUAGAUGCCCUAUAUCUCAACUGCCCUCAACUAGAUGAUCUCAACCUCAACUCUUGCAAAAAUUUGCAUCCAGAGAGAUUGUUACUUCAGUGCCCUGGUUUACGAAAUGUGCACGCGUCAGAUUGUGAGGAGUUAUUAGUUGGAGCUAUUCGGAGUCAGCUUGAUAGGUCUGUUGCACACGAGGAGAAUCUACUAUCUUGCAAACGCUUGGCAGAUGGCUCAAAACGUAUUAGGGUUCCACCUCUUGUUAGUUCACAGUCGUCCGAUAAUUAUUCGAAACGAAGACGGGUAGGAAGCCAUCCCUGUAACAUUCUUGUGUCUUAAAACAUUGAGAAGUUGUCAAUUUGUCUCUUGGUGUACACUGAUAAUAGUUAUGCGUUUGUGAAUUAUUAGCCAAUGAAGAGGCAGAGAGCACAAUGCCAAACCAGUUGGGUUUAUUAUAGGCAGAGUGCCUCGCCUGUGUAAACAUUUUCGCAUUGUAACAUUUCCUCUCUUUCUAAAACCAUAUUUUUCAGCAUGGAACUCACUCCACCGCCCAGACCCAAACCAUACAUGGAAAACUUGUCCAGCUUUAUAAGUUCCAUUCUCUUUUUUCAAUAAAGAAUAUUCAUUAUUUACUAUCA